UCACAAAUGGAACACCACAGUCAGAAGAAACAGGGAAAGUACGGUAGAGUAAAUUAUUUACCCGUCACGUGACCUGUAGGGUGUUUACAUUUACUUCCGUGUUUGGUUCUUUUACUGUUCAACUCAAAAGAUGUCUCAUCAAACUGGAAUAACAGCCUCUGAUGAUUUGAAAGAGUUUCUGUCUCAUAGCCGUGAUGGAGGCUACAGACUCAUCAAAAUAGCAAUUCAAGAUGAGAGACUGGAACUAGCUAACAGUGAAAAACCUGGCGGGACCUGGGAGCAAGACUAUAACAAUUUAGUCCUUCCCCAGUUGGAAGAAAAACAACCCUGCUAUAUACUCUACAGGCUGGAUUCAAAGAACAAUCAGGGAUAUGAAUGGAUCUUCAUCGCAUGGUCCCCAGAUUUUUCACCGGUGAAGGAAAAAAUGUUGUAUGCAGCCACACGGUCUACCAUGAAGUUAGAGUUUGGAACUGGCAUAAUAAAGGAGGAACUGUUUGGGACUGUUGAGGCUGACGUGACCCUGGUGGGGUACAAGAAGCACCUGGAACAUCAGAGCUCCAAUGCCCCCCUCACGGCCGCAGAGGAGGAACUGAAGUACAUCAAGCAGAAUGAGGUUCGCACCGAUGUUCACAUAGAUUCCAAGCACCAAACAAUGAAGGGCUUACAGUUCCCAAUCUCGGAUGAAGCUGCCCAUAAAAUCAUAGAUUUUUUGCAAGACAAACUCACCUAUGUACAGUUGAAACUCGACAUAUCUGGUGAGAGUAUUGAGCUGGCUGACAGUGGGAAUGUAUCAACAAAAGAACUGCCAUCCAAGGUUCCUGUAGAAACUGCGCGCUACCACCUGUUCACUUUCAAACACACGCAUGAAGGGGAUUUCUUGCAUUCUAAAGUGUUCAUCUACUCAAUGCCAGGCUACAAGUGCCCGAUCAAGGAGAGGAUGCUGUACUCCAGCUGUAAGGGUCCCUUUGUAGCACAGUUGGAGCAGCAGCUCAAUCUACAGCUGGAGAAAAAGCUCGAGAUAGACGACCCAAAUGAGUUGACGGAAGAAUACCUGUAUGAUGAACUUCACCCAAAGAAAAAUAUAGCAACGAUGAAAUUCGACAAGCCACAGGGACCACAGAAACGUGGUCCGCGAAAACUUCUGAAAAAUACUGAAUGAAUUAGAGACGUUUUUAGGAUACUGUGAUUUUAUUGUUAUUAUAAAUAGUUUAAUGGUUGCUUGGUGAACUUGCUAUUCCAAAUAAAAACCUCAUUGUUAUCAAUAUCACUCCUUCAUGUAACACAUUUUUAAAUGUCAAACUGAUCGCUUGAUUUUAUACAUUUUAUUUGUUAGUGUACAUAUUGAACUAGUGUGUUCGUAUUGUAGUUCUAUUGUGAAACACUUGAAUUCACAGGUGUAAAGUUGUGCGCAUAUGCGCGGUCUUUAUUUCGUGCAAUGUAUUUUUUGGAACAAAAGAACAUUAAAAAAUAGAUGUUACAACCAAUCUGGCAACAUGCCAGUGAAAUGCCGCUUUAACACAGCUUGGUUAUUGUAAUAAACAUGUGCACUGGUCUAGAUGGGAUAAGUCAAUUCAUUGUUAGGGAACCAUGUCGAAUGCUGGUCACAUAUUAUAACGUAGACACAGAUGUCUUUUGUUACAUACAGUCACACGGACACAUUGUUAAUUAGUGAAAACUGUAUAACAUUAACAGUCCAUAAAGGUCUUGCAAAUUUUUUACCAUUUGCACAUUUCUUACUUGCAGAAUGCAUUGAACCUGUUCAAUGGUAAAUUCAGUAAAGCGGUCAUAAUUCACAAAAUGGAAAAAAAAUUAGACCUAAGAGACAUUUAGUGUUUCCACAGUAUUACUUGGAUUAUCACAAUCAGUAUGUAGAAAGAAAGAGAGCCUGGAGUACAAAUUCAGGGCAUUAAAUAUCAUAUUUAUCUGUUACUUGUGUUAAAAUAAACUUGAUUACAGGAAGUAUAUAACAUUUAUCUAUAAUAAAUAAUCCAAAGGUCUACAUAUAUACUUUUUUUUCAGAAAAGUGUUUGGGUACUUACAAAUAAUUUACAUCAACUAUGGAUUGGAUUUUUAUUUAUUUGCUUGGUCAAUAACUUUAUACCAAGUUUUACAUUUUUUAUACCAUGUUUGACAUUGAUUUGCUUUGUUUGUUUUGCAAAAAUUGUUCAAAUGAAGACUGACAACCUGGGAGCUUUUAAUACAUCAUGUUGUGUUUUAUAUUACAUGUACUUGAAAUCGGUUUGUCAUGUUUGUUAUUUUUGUUGAAACAUAUCUCAAGGUAAACCAUUUAGGGAUGGAUUGUUUUUACAUGUUAAAUAAAAAGUCAACCUCUGUUGGAGUCUGCAUGUGUCGUGUGCUUCCCUUCAUCUGGUCGUACAAAGAUUUAAAUAUUUGUUAAGAAUCCGAGUUUAAUAAUAUAAUAAUUACUAAUUUAAACAAAUUGAAAAAGAAGUGCUAGUUUGUACCAGAUUAUCAGUAGUAUAGACAUAUUUUUACAGUUGAAUUGAGUUCAUAUUAUGAACAUCAAUAUCUAUCAAUAAAGCUGUUUGUAAAUAGAUGUUUGAAAAACUUCACUUUUUGUAUCACUGUCUUUUGCCAAUUUAUGAAUUCAAAUAAAUACUAGAGAAGUUGAAUAAGGCUUUAUGUUGCCUUAUCAAUUGUAUUAUUGCCACUUCCCUGGGAAAAUAACUGUUUUCAAAAAGCACUUGCUUUAUGGCUAUAUGACCAACGUCUUGCAAAAAUGGUUCUUAACACCAUAAGUGACAAACCUUCCUUCAGACCAGACUGCACAAUCGCAAGACCAAGAAACCUUGGAUGACUGAAGUGGACAGCGUUGCUCCUGGCCAGACCUUGCUUCUGCACAGGCUUGCCUGGAGCUAUGCUGGCCGCAUAUAGCAUUGGACAUUUUUGCAUGACAUCGGUAUUAUGAAGAUAAAAAUCUUUAUAGAUGCUAAGUCUUGCAUUAAAUGUUUACUGCAUUAAUGCUGUAUGUUUGUUUAAAAAAAGGCUACAAUUGACUGUAUACUUACAGAUUUCUUUUGUUUUUUAACGCGUUAUAUUUGUACAUGAUUUUUUAACAAAGACCUGAAGGACAUCUAAGAAGCAAACCAAGUAUUUAAAUUGUUGUGUGCAUAUUUGAAAAAUAAUGUGUUUUACUUUUAGCUAUACAGUACGCAUUUGAAGCACAUUUGCUUGUUGCUAGAUUCGAACCUUCUCAAUGUAAAAUGUGUUCAGAUUCACUAUCAUAAAAAAACAAGAUUAUUAUAUUGUUUACAAACUGACAAAUGUUUGGGAAAAAACUAACAAUUUUAAGUCCUGACUAAAAUUUCACUAAACAUGUGUUAAUGACUAUUUGAUGAUGCAUUAAAAUUUAAGCAUUUA